GUACCCCGGCUUCACCUGCACCAUGGUCGCCGUUCAUGGUUAGUAAGUGUUGCUUUUUGUUACUUGUUUUCUUUCAUUUCUCCUUUUUUGUCCAAUUCUUUCUUCCAUUUCUGUUUAAGCGAAUAAUAUCUUUGCCAUCUUUGUUCAUGGUUGAGAAUUUGAAGCAGAGAUGAGGGUUUCACUUUCAGAAUCUGAUGCCUAAAAGAGAUAUCAGGUGACAAUGGAGGAUGACCGGAGUUGGAUGUACCAUCCAUCAGAUACUAAGAGGAAGAAAUACGUUACAGAGGAAUUUAAAGUGGGUGUAGAAAAAUUCUUAGAUUUUGCAUGCUCCCAAGGCCUACAGUUUUGCAGCAGUAAGGGUGCGAUUAGGUGCCCAUGUGUCAAAUGCACUAAUAGGCACUGGGAUUGGGAAACCCGUGACAAUGUCAGAUCUCAUCUUCUGAAAAAUGGAUUCGUAACUGGAUACAUUGAUUGGUAUUUACAUGGCCAAACCUUUGGCGAAACCUUUAGAAAAAGGGCAUGUCCAUGGGGGGAUGCUUCAAGUUCUGUUGGAGUUAAAAAUAAACCUGAGGCGCCGAAAAAUGCCACACCUGAGGCACUGAAAAAUGCCAUCCCUGAGGCACCAAAAAUAGCCAUACCUGAGCCACCAAAAAAAGCCAUACCUGAGCUACCAAAAAUGGUCCUACUUGAGCCACCAAAAAUGACCCUACCUGAGCCUCCAAAAAAAGCCAAGGUGGUUGAGGUGGGUCCAUAUCAAGUGACUAGAAUGAGAGACAAAACCAUCAAAUUUGGUCCAAACAAUAAAGGGACAGGUGAAGCAGUGCCCAUCAUUGAGGAGCCAAGCAGUGAAGUAAGAGAUGAAACUGAGGCACCACAAGAGCCGAACAGUGAAGCCAGAGAUGAACCUGAGCCCCCACAAAAAGUCAUUGUGGUUGGUGCAGUGGGUUUAUAUCAAAAGACCAGAAUGAGAGGCAAGACCAUCGAAUCUGGUCCAGGCAAUAAGGGGACAGCUGAAGUAGAGCCCAUUAUCGAGGAGCCAAACAAUGAAGCAAGAGACUUUUACUCAAAUUUGCGAGCUGUUGAAACCCCUCUUUAUGAUGGAUGCAAGGAUGAUACACUAUUGACAUGGUUGGCAGAUUCCCUCAAUGGAAAGGUAAUUCAUAACAUGAGUGUGUCCUGUUGGAACUACUUUUUAUCGUGCAGUAGAAGGCUAUUAAGUCCAGAAGUUCAAGAUAAGUUUCCUAAGGACUACUCCAGUACAAAGAAAAUGUUGAAGAAGCUAGGACUGGGUUUCAAGAGGUUUGAUGUCUGUGUUAACAACUGCGUUCUCUAUUAUAAGGAGAAUAGAAAUCUGACCGUGUGCCCUGUUUGUGACGAACCUCGGUAUAAGAAGAAAAACUCCAAGGAUAAGGAUAUACCUCAAAAGUCAAUGUGGUACCUUCCACUUACGCCGAGACUUCAGAGGCUAUACAUGUCAAGGAAAACAGCGGAGCACAUGACAUGGCAUUUGAAGUGUCAACAGGGUUCUGAAAAAAUUGUUCACCCUGCAGGUGGUGAGGCCUGGAAGCACUUUGACCUCACUCACCCCAAUUUUGCCAUGGAACCUCGUAAUGUGAGGCUUGGGUUGUGCAUGGAUAGAUUCAAUCCUUUCUGUGGCCCCCCAGUACCUUAUUCAUGUUGGCCAGUUUUUGCUACAGUGUACAACCUACCACCUUCAAUGUGCAUGAGUCAAGAGCACAUCUUCCUAACUCUUAUCAUUCCAGGGCCAAAGAGUCCUGAAGAAAGCAUUGAUGUCUUACUCCAGCCAUUAAUUGAUGAGUUGAAAGAGUUAUGGUCUUUUGGGGUGCAAACUUAUGACAAUUUUAGGCAACAAAACUUUCAAAUGAGGGCAACACUAUUAUGGACAAUCAGUGAUUUUCGUGCAUAUGAUAUGUUGUCCGGAUGGAGUAUGCAUGGAGUAUGCAUGGAAGGUUGGCCUGCCCAUAUUGCAUGGAGUAUACUAAAUCUUUCCAACUCAAGCACGAUGAAAAACAAAGUUGAGAAUGACCCACCACCGCAUAGAUUGUCAGGUUCUGAGACGUUAAGGAGGGUUGAGCAACUCCCCAAUAUCCAAUUUGGACGGCCAAAGCAUAAGCAGAAUGUAGAUGGAUUCGGUCAAUCACAUAACUGGAUAAAAAAGAGCAUAUUUUGGGAGCUUCCUUAUUGGCACACAAAUCUCAUCCGUCACAACUUAGAUGUAAUGUAUUGUGAGAGGAACUUUUGGGAUAAUAUACAAAAUACAACGAUGGAUAAUCCCACAAGGACCGAGGACAAUGCAAAAGCAAGGAUGGACUUGGCUUUGUAUUGUAGGCGUCCCCAAUUGCAUUUGCAAGAGGUUGAAGGAAAGCUUAUGAAGCCCAAAGCUAUUUAUGUUCUAAGUAAGGAGCAAAGGAAAGACAUCUGCGAGUGGCUAAAGGAAUUGAGGUUUCCUGACGGAUACAGCUCAAACAUAUCCCAAUGUGUUAAGUUGACAGAUUGCAAGUUGGUUGGGAUGAAAACUCUUGACUGUCAUGUGUUCAUGCAAAGACUCUUACUAAUUGCAUUUCGUGAUUUAUUACCAGACAUGGUUUGGGAUGCAUUGACUGAGGUCAGUAACUUCUUUCGAAUCAUAUGUGCUCCUACACCCUACAGCGGUGAUUUGGAGACACUUGAAGCUAAGAUUGUGGAGACAAUUUGCAAGCUUGAAAUGAUCUUUCCUCCAAGAUUCUUUGAUUCCACCGUGCACUUAGCAAUUCACUUGCCUUAUGAAGCUAAAGUUGGAGGACCUAUCCAAUUCCUUGUUCAGGUCAACCACUUGGGUCAGAACAAAACUCUCGUUCACUGUCUGAGAAAGAGUACAAGGCAGCUGAACUUUUAUGUUUUACUCAACUGUGUUGAAGUUGCAGGCUUUUUAGAUUUGUUUGAUGAAGAAAUUGGCCAGAACCUAAGCCCGGAGCAACUACAGGAAAAACGUAUUAAGGAGUUUGUUGGGUGGUUUAGAUCAGUGGUUUUUAGUGGGUUAUAUGAGGUUGAUGAGCACAUCAGGAACUUGGCCAGUGGCCCAACAUGGUGUGUGAAGACCUAUAAAGGAUACAUUGUCAAUGGUUUCAAAUUCCACACAGAGGAGUGCGGACAAGGCAAGGGAAUGAUGAACAGUGGUGCUUGUGUCAACAUAACUACUUUUAAGGGUUAUGAGCAAGUCUUUUAUGGGAUGUUACAAGAAGUGAUUGAGCUUGAGUACCGUGGUGGUGGGCAGCAUAAUACCAUAGUUCUAUUUAAGUGCGAUUGGUAUGAUAUUAGGAGAGGAGUUAGGGUGCAUCCAAAACACCACUUGGUGGAUAUUGACCCUAACUCAAUAGUCAAAACUAAUGAGCCUUUUGUGUUGGCUAGUCAGGCUCAACAAGUAUGUUACACUCUUUAUCCAUCAAAGCAAGGUGAGAGAAAAGGUUGGUGGGUUGCAUGCAACGUCAAAGCCGGAAACAUUAAUGACUUGUCCUCCAUUCCUGAGGAUGGUGUCCCAGAAGCUCAAGGUUUUUAUCAGGAUGAUGAUCCUCCCAUGCCACAGCCAAUUCAAUUGACCCUUGACUUGACAUCCUAUGAGCCACUACAGUUAUCAGAUGGAGGACUGCAAGAAGUUGAUGCUGAUGACGUUGAUGGAACAGAGACAUCAGAAGCCAUUGUGGAGGAAGCAGAGGAUGAUCUUGACGGAGAGGAGAUAUCAGAAGAAGAUGAGGAUGAAUAUGAGCCCGACAGUGAUUAGUCUACGAUAAUAAGUUGUAGGUGAUAUUGUGGAACUCAUUUAAUAUCCUUAUAUUAGUAUUGUUGUUCUUCUGUUCAGACUAAUGUUGUACAUAUGUGAAUUUUACGUGUUGUAUAUAUUCUUGGUUUAGUAACUUGUUUGCUGAUUAGUUUGAAGCCUCAUAUUUGAAUUGCACUGUCUGAUAAAUUUUUGGAAGGAAAAAACUUUUGUCCAGACAUUAGUAAGCUCCAUAAGUAACAACAAUGGGUAGGAGACCUACUUACUGGCUCAAUCCUGUAUGAAAAUGGUAUGGUGCUGCACUCUUGCUCUGUUCUGGGUUAGAUCUGGCAAAUUCUUGGUUUAUUUUGUUUGCUUGUUUUUUCUAAUCUUAAGCAAUUUUUCUGAUUUCUUUUACUUGGCUUUUGUUGGUAAAGAUGAUGAUUGUCUGUGGGAUUUUCAUCAUGAUUACGAUCUUCAUCUUCUUCCGCGAAUAACCCAACACUUGUUUGUGUUGGGGCAGCUCAGACACAAAAUUUCUCCCCAGUUAUCCUCUGAUUCUAAGUCAUUUUUCCAUUCCGUUCCCUCUGUCAAUCUUUGUCCCUUUUCCUUCUUCCUAACAGAGGUAUGUCAAUUAGGACUUAAUUUUAGGUUACAACAAUUCAACAAUCAGAUUGACUGAAUUUUAUCUGAGUUUUUAGUUUCUUUAAGGUUGACAUGGUGUUGAAUACAUAAAUUUUAACUGC